AUGAACACUACCUACGCGGACAAAUACAAAGGAACAUGUUUGCAAGUUACGGUUGACGUAGAACUUGUUGAAGCACGUGGAGGAGUCGCUUUAGGGGGCUUCAAUGCGCCUACCAUCUACUGGAGUUUCACCUCAGCCGAUUGCUCUGAAUUGGAAUUCAACCACCAGCCCCUGCAUCUAACUGAAUCCCUGCUUCUCACCCAGAACGUCACAUUUCCCAAAAGAAUUCUUGAGGGCCAGCAGAUGAACUGCCUCAACCUUGUGCUCACUAAGUCACCUUACAAUAUUGACAUUGUGAAUUUGAGUUGA